AUAACUAGUAUUUUUAUUGAACAGUAGAUGGCGAUGUAAGAAAAUUUCCCCGUAGAAGAAGACACCUUUAGUCGCCUGUUUUCGACGUCAUAUUUCCUUCACGUGUUUAGAUUGCUCGAAAUAACAACAGUACAACAUUUCUUUUUAAUCUAUUUGGUUUGUUUUUCUACUUCUAUUUCAUUUCACUUUACACAGUCAUGGCCAGCAGUCGGCGGCCCGAGCAUACUGCACCUCCUGAAGUGUUUUACAAUGACGAAGAGGCAAAGAAAUAUUCUCAAAACUCUCGCAUGAUAGAGAUCCAAACACAAAUGUCAGAGCGUGCUGUGGAGCUUUUGAACCUUCCAGAGGGACAGCCCUGUUACCUGCUGGAUGUGGGGUGUGGCUCUGGGCUGAGUGGAGAUUACCUCUCUGAGGAGGGACACUAUUGGGUCGGAGUUGACAUCAGUACAUCAAUGCUUGAUGUAGCACUUGAUAGAGAUGUGGAAGGAGACCUUUUAGUGGGAGACAUGGGACAGGGAAUGCCUUUCAGACCUGGUACCUUUGAUGGCUGCAUUAGUAUUUCAGCUCUACAAUGGCUCUGCAAUGCUGACAAGAGGACGCAUAGUCCCCCAAAGAGACUAUAUACCUUUUUCAGCACUUUGUACUCCUCUCUGUCAAGGGGAGCUCGUGCAGUUUUUCAGAUUUAUCCUGAGAACUCAGAGCAGCUUGAACUGAUCACGACACAGGCCAUGAGGGCAGGAUUCAGCGGGGGCAUGGUGAUUGAUUAUCCCAACAGCAGCAAAGCCAAAAAAUUCUUUUUGUGUUUGUUUGCUGGAGUGUCAGGAGUCCUUCCCAAGGGUUUAGGAACAGAAACAUCAGAUAAAACUGUACCAAACCAAGUUCAGUAUUCAGGACAAAGAUGUCGCUUUCAAAAUAUGAAGGGGAAAUCAGCAAAAAAGGGUAAAGAUUGGAUCUUAGAGAAGAAAGAGAGGAGAAGACGACAAGGACGUGGUGUUCGGCCCGAUACAAAGUACACUGGACGUCAAAGAAGACCUCAUUUCUAGCUGCUAUUCAGCUUUUUUAUUGCUUUUCUUCAAUAACUUAUCCUUGCCAAGGGCUAAAAGCUGUUGACUGAGUAAACUGUGAUGCCAAAUCAUCUUAACCUCAGUCAAAAGAUUCUAUAAACAUGUUUGCCAUUGAUAGUAUAGUGGAUUUUUCAAGUUUCAAGUGAUUGUGAGAUUGUGAAUAUUUUCAUAAUUGUAAUUGUUCACAUGAAAUUUGAAAGAAGAUUAAACAUGGUGGAAAGUAACUGAAUACAUGUACCGAAAAUCUGAAUACACAUUUUGAAUAACUGUAUUUCAGUACAGUUACUUUUCAUUUAGUGGUAUUCAGAUUGCAGUGAACUUUUGAUCACACAAUUUAAACUUCCAACUGUAUUAAGACUGUAAUUGUGUAUGGGUGAAAAAUAGCGAUAGGAAAUGCAUUACAAAUGGUGAAAAAAACAAGGCUGUUUUAAUCCUAUGUUGGGUUUAUACAGUAAUUUAAAUACAAUCUUAUGUGGAAGUAUUUUUAUAGUACUCUGAAUCACAUAGCAAAAUACAUUAAAUACAUAAAAUACAGUAUCA